AUGGAUGCCCCUCAAUACGUAUGCGGUACCCAGGGCUUUGGCACCACCUGGUUCAGUGGUAAUAUUGACCUGCUCAUCGAGACUCUCGAGAGUGCGGGCAUCAACCGUUUCGACACUGCUGCCCUCUACCCGGCUACCAAUCCUGGUGUUUCAGAGGAACUCCUCGGCGAGAAGAAGCGUGUGAAUGCCGUCAUCGACACGAAAGUCCUGUUCAUUGGAGAUGGCUCCCUGUCCAAGACGAACAUUGGCAAAUCCAUCUUUGACAGCCUCGACAGACUCAAGAUCAAAAAGAUUCACACCCUUUUCGCUCACGCCCCAGACCGUACAAUCCCGAUUGCCGAGCAAGCUGCCUACUUCGGCCACUACUACAAAUUAGGUCUUUUCGAAAAGCUCGGCUUGUCGAACUACACCCCAGCCAUGAUUCGUGUGUGGAUGGAAGUUUCAAUUGAUCAAGGAUUCGUGAGGCCCUCCGUCUACCAGGGACAAUACAACGUCGUCUGCCGCGGCUACGAAGACGACCUCUUCCCCGUUCUCCGUGAAUUCGACAUUGCCUUUGAAGCGACCUCCCCUUUAGCUGGUGGCUUCCUCACUGGCAAGCUAUCCUACCAUCCCACUUUGCAGAGCUUGGAGGGAACCCGUUUCGAGGUUGGAGAGGGUAACAUGGUUGGAGCGCUGUACCGCAUGUGGUAUGAUCAGCCUGCAUUCCAUGAUGCGAUGCGCCAGCUGGAUGCUAUGGCUAAGGAGCAUGAGACUACUGGGGCCCAGUUUGCUUUACGCUGGCUGCUGUUUCACUCGAAGUUGAAUAGUACUGAUGAGAUUGUCAUUGGCCCGAGCCGCUUCGACCAGCUGAAGAGUUAUCUUGAUGCGCGUGAGGCUGGUCCGUUGCCUCAAGACAAGGUUGAGAGACUCAAUGGGCUUUUCUCAGCUUUGCGAGGAUUGUCCAAGACUAUCAUCGAGAAGGGAUGGUGGGCUCUGUGA